AUGUACGAUCUUCGAUUUGAUUGGAUUCCUACUUAUUACCAUGGAGAGGAUUUGGCUGGGCUAAUGCGUACUACGUCAAGAUGUGAAAGCGAGAAUUACUUCUUUGGUCAGAUUUGCAAUCCAAGAUGUACACUUGUUGAAUUUUUCACUCAUUUUGAGACUGCAAUGGAUAUUCAAAGGCAUGAGCAUAGGAGGAAUGAUCAUGAUACAAGGUAUAUUGAGUGUAAACCGUGGAGUGACUUUGUAUUGGAGAAACAAGCAUCAGAAAUAUACACCCAAACAAUUUUUAAGGAUAUUCAAAUUGAAAUUGAUGCUGCUAUUACAAAGUGUAUGUCAAAGUCUGUUGAUACCGUGGGUGAUGUUCAAUAUUUUGAAAUAAAGGAUUUCAGACAGCCAUGCACAUCUUUUUUCAAGGUGCAAUACAGCAAAGAAGAAGAUGGUUUAAGUUUAAGUUGUUCUUGCAAACGGUUUGAACAAUUUGGUAUAUUGUGCCGCCAUAUAUUUUACGUAUUACGGUAUGAGGAUAUUAGUGAGUUUCCUAGAAGAUAUGUUCAUAGAAGAUGGACGAGAGAUGUUGUUUCAGUGGGAUCAAAUCAUUCCAAUAUUCGAUUUGAUGAAAUUGGUAGGAAUAGUGAAAUUGAUAAAGUUUAUAGAGAAAUUGUUGUUGCAAAUGAGUACGUGGUUAAUAGGCUGGUUGGCGAUUUAGAUGAACUGUGUCGUUACAGGGAUCAUAUUAAAAGUUAUAUAGAUAAAGCGGAUGAGGUUAUGGUUGUUGCGCCGCCUCCUACUCGCAAAGAAAGAUUUGCUAAUAUUGGAGAGAACAUAGAAAAAUCUGAUUCUAUGAUUCGUGUCCCCAUCAAAAUAAGGACCAAAGGAUGCGGUGUACAAAAAAGGAUCAAGUCUAAUCGUGAGAUUGCAAUUCAGAAAUCAUCAAAGAUCCAGAAAUCGUGCCGUGUAUGUGGUGGAAAGGACAUAACAGUCGAACUUGUAAAGAUAAGGUUUCAUCUCUUUUUGUUACUACGUUUUGAGAUAUCCUUCAUAAAUAUCAGUUUGUUUUGGUUAAUUGCGUUUUAUGAUAACAACAAUAUAUUUGAUCUUUACCCUAUACUUUAUAUGAUCAUACACAAAAUUAAACAAGAAAUGCAAGUGGAUAUAAUAAACAUUGCGUUAUAUAGAUGA